AUGAGUGAAACCAAACCAAAAAUUGUUAUCAUAGGAGGAGGUUUCGCUGGCAUUAAUGUCGCGUCAAAACUCGAGAGUCUCCUUCACAAGACCCACCAAAUAAUUCUAAUUGAACGAAAAAGUCAUUUCUAUUUAUCAAUUGGUGGAUUACGGGCUGCAGUCGAACCUGGAUUUGAAAAGAAAGUGUUUAUCCCCUAUGACAAGAUGUUUAAAUUUAACGGAAAAGUUAUACAUGCGACAGUGACCAUCAUUCAUGAGAAGGAGGUGAUUGUGAGUACGGAAACAGAAUUCGGAACUCACAUCGAAUUUGAAUACUUGGUCAUUGCCACCGGAAGCGAUUAUCCAGCCCCGGCAAAGACGACUGCUCAUGAAAUAAACGAAGGGGUAAAACAUAUCAAGGCUCAACAGGAUUCGAUAAAAAAUGCCAAAAAGAUCUUAAUUAUUGGUGGUGGUCCCGUCGGCAUUGAACUUGCCGGAGAAAUUGCAACCAACUACACAGACAAAGAGAUUACUCUCGUCACUUCCGCAAACACUUUGCUUUCAGAGAAAUUUCCAAUGAAAUUAAGAGAUCGUCUCGCUGAACAAUUAAAAGAAUUAAAUGUUAAGCUAGUAAUGGGCGAAAAAAUCGAUUUGGGUUCCUCGGAUAUAGGAGAUGGUCUUUCUCCGUUAACUUUGGAAACCGAUAAGGGUACACAAAUUGAAUCCGACAUUCAAUUCUUCGCAGCUGGCGCUAAACCCAACACUGAAGUUGUGAGGACCCUUAAUGAAUCUAUUAUUGAAGAAGAUACUCAUCUAGUAAAAGUCAAACCCACUUUUCAAUUAUCUCACGAUGAGUACGGGCAUAUCUUUGCCGUAGGUGACGUGACGAAUAUUCAUGAGACAAAACUUGCCUAUCGGGCUGGGCAGCAUGCCGAGAUUGUAACUAAAAAUCUCAUUGCUCUGAUCAAUAAGAAGAAAUUAGUCGAAUACAAACCCGCUCCCGAGGCAUUGUUUGUUACGAUCGGAAAGACCAAAGGUGCCGGACUUCUUCCAAUGGGUAGUAUGGUCGUCGGUAGUUUCAUGGUUAAGAAUAUCAAGGGUAAAAAACUAUUUGCCGAUAAAUACUGGAAAGCCUUGAAUGCCACGCCUGAAUCUUGA